AUGGAGAUGGCUGCCGACAGACUAUACAAGGAGAAGAAGAUUCGGGGUUUCUGCCACCUCUCCACCGGUCAGGAGGCCGUUGCCGUCGGUAUCGAGCAUGCGAUCAACAAGUCGGACGAUGUCAUCACCUCUUACAGAUGCCACGGUUUCGCCUAUAUGAGAGGCGGCACUGUGCGCUCCAUCAUUGGCGAGCUUCUUGGUCGCCGUGAGGGUAUUGCGUACGGCAAGGGCGGUUCUAUGCACAUGUUCGCCAAGGGCUUUUAUGGCGGCAACGGCAUUGUCGGCGCUCAGGUGCCUGUCGGUGCCGGGUUGGCUUUUGCCCAGAAGUAUACCGGUGGCAAGAAGGCUACUGUUAUCCUGUAUGGUGAUGGUGCUUCCAACCAGGGUCAGGUGUUUGAGGCUUUCAACAUGGCCAAGCUUUGGAAGUUGCCCGCCCUUUUCGGGUGCGAGAACAACAAGUACGGUAUGGGUACCUCCGCUGCCCGCUCCUCCGCCCUGACCGACUACUACAAGCGCGGCCAGUACAUCCCCGGUCUCAAGGUCAACGGCAUGGACGUCCUUGCGGUCAAGGCGGCCGUCCAGUACGGCAAGCAGUGGACUGAGGAGGACAAUGGUCCGUUGGUUCUCGAGUACGUGACCUACCGCUACGGUGGUCAUAGUAUGUCGGACCCCGGCACCACCUACCGCACCCGUGAGGAAAUUCAGCGUAUGCGGUCCACCAACGAUCCCAUCGCCGGCCUCAAGCAGCACAUUCUCGACUGGGGCGUUGCUCAGGAGGAUGAGCUCAAGAACAUCGACAAGGAGGCCCGCAGCUUCGUCAACGAGGAGGUGGCCGCCGCCGAGGCCAUGGCCGUCCCUGAGGCCACCCCCAAGAUCCUGUAUGAGGACAUUUACGUCAGAGGCUCCGAGCCCGAUUUCAUCCGUGGCCGCAUCCUGGAUGAGAACUACUACUUUAAGCAGUAA